AUCGGCCCAUCCUGCCCAGGUUUGAGAUGAACAUGCAGCUCAAAAGAGGGCCAGACACCUUCAGACUCAAUAGAGACCAUCUGGACUGGCGGGAAUCCUUGAGUGGGUUGCAGGUCAUUGGAGAGACUGGCAACGAACAAAAGACUGGUUUGACACAAAGUAGGAAUGGCUACAAAUUGGUUUGCAGAUCGUCACUUGGACAUUGGACGUGUUCUUUUGGGUUCAAGCGAAAGGGCGAUGGCAACUGUAACAAGAAUGCAGAAGAAUGGUGGAGGAAGCAGAAGUGGAACUGGAGUCGGACCCUAUUACUGGCGUCUACUGGAGGCAGAGGAGGGAAAAGUGGCUCUACAAAUGGGAGGAGCUGCAGAUCGAACAACAGCACAGUGUGACGGGAGCAAAAAGAUCCGCGGCCGGAGUCUGCGUCAGCAGCCACCAGAGGCUCCGGGAAGAGGGAAGGCGAAGGUGAUCGGCGUAGGCACACCUACCUCCCAAGACUUCGAGAAGCUGCUCAAAGCAUAUAACAUCGUGAAGGAAGGAAAGCGGAUUGCCGAUUUGGAAGUCCUAGCUCUCAGGGACAGAUUUGAAAAGGCAGUAGCCAAGCUCGUGAGGCAGGGUCGUACACCACGUGUAAAUCUCACGAGAAGAAUGUAUGAGGCCACGGACGAUGAAGAACAAGAAAUUCAUCCAAGGCGCGAGGAAGGGCUUGACGAUUUGACCAUCAGGCCAUCACCGCCAAAGAGGACGUCUGAGCGGCUGGCGACGAAGGCUGCAGCAGCGGAGAGAGCGGAGUUCCUCAAGGAGACGAAGAAGUACUUGAAGAGGCUGCGGAAGCAUGGGCUCCAGGUCCUGUGUAGUAAGGAAGGGAUCACGUUCGUGACCUGUGAGCAAGCCUUCAACGACGUUGCGGAACUUCGGACUGCGACAACUUUCGAUGAGCGAGAAUCCGGACGGAAGGUGGUACCAGACUCCGAGGCUGAGGACGGGAGAGAGGAAGAACGUGAUGGGACGGACGGACAAGAGACGCAACCAGUCAACAUUGACGAUGAGGAUCGUCUAGCAGAUGAUUAGAGGUGCGGCCCAAGUGUGCGAGCAGUAUGGAGACU